AAAUAACGCGUCACAGCAGCUGAGUGUGGAAGCUCCAGCGCAGAGUGAAAACAAAGACAGGCAUCAUCCCUCCACCGGACCCGUGUGUCACGGUUGAUCCGUCAACUAGACCCGUUAACGACACCGGAUACAACCCUUUUUAACACAGACAGCAGCACUGGCAACCUUCCUGACCCACACCCUCCCCCUGCCCCUGUCCCCUGCCCUGCCUGUGGACUGAGGGUCAUUCCGCCACUCUGCCGCCUUCUGCCACACACACUCACAGGGGGCUCAUCGUCAUGGUGGACGUAACCAAAUGGCCCAUUUUCAGCCUAAUGGGGCCUCAGGAGCUCUCCAAUAUACGGAAAGCAUGUGUGUUUGGAUCGUCUGCUAAUGAGGCCAUCUACAUCACCAACGAUGAUGAGGUGUACGUGUUCGGUUUGAACUGCAGUAACUGCCUGGGAACAGGUGACAGCCUGAGCACCAUCGUGCCCAAGAAGCUGGACUUCCUGAGCGGGAGGAAGGUGGUCAGCAUGAGCUACGGCAGCGGUCCCCACAUCCUGCUGGCCACAGAAGACGGAGAGCUGUUCGCCUGGGGUCAUAACGGUUACAGCCAACUGGGUAACGGGACAACAAACCAAGGAGUCUCUCCGGUGCUCGUGUCGGCCAACCUGCUCAAUAAGAAGAUUACGGAGGUGUCGUGUGGCUCCCACCACUCGAUGGCUCUGACGGACUCAGGAGAAGUGUACGCGUGGGGCUACAACAACUGCGGUCAGGUCGGCUCUGGCUCCACGGCGAACCAGCCCACUCCCCGCAGAGUGUCCAGCUGUCUGCAGAACAAGGUGGCCAUCAGCAUCGUCUGUGGUCAGACCUCGUCCGUGGCAGUGGUGGACAACGGAGAGGUGUACGGCUGGGGCUACAACGGGAAUGGACAGCUUGGACUAGGAAACAACGGGAACCAGCUCACUCCCUGUCGCCUCGCUGCCCUGCAGGGUUUAUGUGUGCAACAGAUCGCCUCAGGUUACGCUCACUCUCUUGCACUCACCGACGAGGGCUUGCUUUACGCCUGGGGCGCCAACACAUACGGUCAACUGGGCACCGGCAACAAGAGCAACCAACUGAGUCCCAUUCAGAUCAUGGCCGAGAAAGAGAGGAUCGUGGAGAUCGCUGCGUGUCACUCCACACACACAUCAGCUGCAAAGACUCAGAGCGGUCAGGUGUACAUGUGGGGCCAGUGCAGGGGUCAGUCUUUAGUGCUGCCCCACCUCACACAUUUCACCUGCACCGAUGAUGUCUUUGCAUGCUUUGCUACACCCUCAGUGAUGUGGAGGCUUCUUUCCAUGGAGCACGAUGACUUCUUGACCGUGGCUCAGUCUCUGAAGAAAGAGUUUGACAACCCAGAGACAGCCGACCUCAAGUUCUGCGUGGACGGCAAAUAUAUCUGUGUCCACAAAGCAAUUCUCAAAAUCAGGUGUGAACACUUCAGGUCCAUGUUCCAGUCUCACUGGAAUGAAGACAUGAAGGAGGUGAUAGAGAUAGACCAGUUCUCCUACCCGGUGUACCGCUCCUUCCUGGAGUUCCUCUACACUGACAACGUGGAGCUGCCUCCUGAGGACGCCAUCGGGCUGCUGGAUCUUGCCACGUCAUACUGUGAGAACCGCCUGAAGCGUCUGUGUCAGCAUAUCAUAAAGAGAGGAAUCACCGUGGACAACGCCUUCUCCCUGCUGUCGGCUGCCGUGCGAUAUGAUGCAGAGGACCUGGAAGACUUCUGCUUUAAAUUUUGCGUAAACCACCUGACUGAAGUCACCCAGACAGCUGCUUUCUGGCAAAUUGAUGGCAACCUGCUCAAAGAUUUUAUAUGUCGAGCCAGCCGCUGUGGAGCCUUCAAAAACUGACCCUAACCCAAAGAUCGAUUCAAGAACUGGGACCCAAAGAUGCUACGUCGACCCGGGGGGUGAUUUCUCAAAAGGACUCCAUUAGUCCUACCCGGCUCGUCAUCCCCUCCCUGACAAGUGGUCUCACAUUGGAAGCCUUUCAAUCAUUACCAUCACUGUCACAUCUAUUUCUCAUGUCAUUCCAGACUAGAUCUGGUGUGUGCAUUGGCUGUACAUGCUAAAAUCAGGAGGCGGAGCUUACAGGCAGUAGCAUCAUUACACAGACUAGUUACAGUGGAUUAUUUGCCACAGUGCCAGACCAGCUGAGAUGAAUUCUCGUGCCAUGAGUGGUUGUUUUAUAUUCACUUGAAAGAACUUUGCCAGUUGCCUGAUAUCACUUUACUUUUUCUAUUAUUUUGUUGAACUGACCAACUUACUUCCUUAUUGCACUUGUGUGAAACACUUAGAUGAUUUAUGACAGUUAAAUGUGCCAUCUGGAAUCAUGGUUCUCAGUUUGGGGUCAAAGGUUGUUUGCACUUCAAGAUAACAGGAAAAACAGAGGCUGUUUCCGAAACCGCCUACUAUACUAGCAGUACGUACUGAUUUGGCCAAAAUUCAGUAAGUAGCAUGUGAACAAGAGCAAAAUCUGCAGUUUGCCAAAACUCCCCGGAUGUCUACUGAUUCGGGAAAAUUUCACAGUAUGCAUCGGACCAGUUUGCGUUGCGUACUGUGUUUCCCACAAUGCACAGCGCUCUUUCCGCUUUUUCUUUCAUUCUUGAUGGGAGGAACUCCGUUUUAAGGGGCUGUGGAAGUUAUCAAAUUACAUAUACACCACUUCCUAACUUUUUAAAUCAUAAGGGGAUGCCAAAGAAGCAGAUUUACAAUCAGCUUCGCCGUUGUUUACUUCCGCUUACCGAAACCGGAAAUCCAGUGACGUCUGGCCCAGCGUACUGCAACACAGAUCGAACAGAACAGCCAUACUACAUACUAAAUUCAAACAUGGUAUGUAGUAGGCGAUACCUACUGCCUACUACAUUAGUAAGUAGUGUGUAGCCGGCCGUUUCGGAAACUGUUUCCGAAACGGCCGGCUACAUACUACUUACUAAUGUAGUCCUGCUUCUUUAGCAUCCAUUUAUGAUUUAAAAAGUUAGGAAGUGGUUUAUAUUUUCACAGCACCCAAAAACGGAUUUCCUCCUGUCAAAAAAGAAGGAAAAAGAAAAAGCGGAAUGAGCGCUGUGCAUUGUGGGAAACAGUACAUGAGGCAGACUGGUCUGAUGCAUACUGUGAAAUUUUCCCGAACCAGUAGACAUCCGGGGAGUUUUGGCAUAUUACAGAUUUUGCUCUUGUUCACAUACUGCUUAAUACAUACUGAAUUUUGGACAAAUCAGUACGUACUGCUAGUAUAGUAGGCGGUUUUGGAAACAGCAAAAGUAUUUAAAAAAAAACAAGAACGUAGAUUGAAGCCUUUAUAAAAAUAAAAAAGGUUCAGGUCAAACUAGUUAGCGCUUAAUAGUCCUGGUGGCUUUCAAUCCGGCUAUGCUGACGGUGUCUGGGUUAUAAAGUGACCCAAAGCUCGAAUUAUAAGUUACACUCUGAGCAGAGGCAGAAGAAGAAGAAGUCUUAAACUGUUACAGAUUAGGCUGAAUAACCUAGAAAUGUAUCUUACUCAUUAUUGACUGUUAUUAAUUCACACCUUUUAUAUAUAUUUGUAGAAAAAUAAGUAAAAAUCAUGAUGAUGUGAUAUUUUAGAUUUUUUUUUUGCAGAAGCAUUUGCAGUCGAGGGUUUCUGUAGCAGUACAGUACCUUAUUCUGAAGCUGUGUUGCAGCUUCUGUGAUUUUGUUAUAGCACUUGGCCCUAUUUGGAAACAUAAUGGGAUUCAUUCACAAUCAGACUACUUAUGCAGCCUUUGUUACAGAUGCAAAGAUGAGAGUUCAGUUUAUGGAUUCUGUAGAUUUUAAAGUUACUUGUGUGCAGCUACACCUCUGUAAUAUAAAAAGCUUCUUUAGUUUGUAUAUUAUUAUUAUUAUUGCACAAACCAGAGCAGUAAGUGUCAGCUGGUAGGUCAACUUGUGUGGUUUUAAGCUGAAACAAACAUGCAGAGUCAAUAAAUCUCAGUUUACAGUGAGGCAGCGGUAGAGACCUGGACUUGGUUUAAGAUGGACCCUUUUUUUUUUCCAGCCACAUGACAUCGACCACAUGUUGAAAACACUAUCUAACAGUAUUAUCCUAUAUUUACUGCACUACUGCUGUGAGUGUUUGAAAACUUCUAUGCAGGUCAUUUCUACUUUAUAAUCAAAUUAUGAUUUUAUGGUUAUGUUGUUUUGAAUGAUACAAGUUAUGCAAAGUGCCAGUUAAAGUUUUAUGAACUCAGCAAGCUAAUUAAUAAAAAAAUACUUUUGA